AUUUCACUUAAUAAAUCGCAAUUAUCUCCUUUUUUUUCUAUCCUCCUCCUUCCGAUCUGACUCCAGAUCGGCUCCUCUCUCCUCUCUCCUCCUUCAGAUCCGACUCCAAGUUGAUUCUAGGGUUUGGGUUUUCACUGUUCUCCCUCGAAGCUCGUCGUCGACUCCUCCCUCGAAGAUCGUCGUUUACUCCUCCGUCGACCGUCUUCCCCCUCGAAUCAUAAAAAAAUAUAAUUCUGCACAAAAUCUGAUCUCAUCCCUUGCGGAUCUGUAGUUUCAACCAGCUUCAUUUAAUUAUCAGAGGUUAUAUUUAAUCAGGUUGUUGCUUUGGUAGAACCUAUGGAUUUAACAGAGAACAAGUUCUUGAGCAUUGGGCUCCUCUUUUUGGGGACUCUCGUGUUCAUCAAGUUCGUCUCUGCUAUUUUGACCCCUGGUUCGGGUAGGAAACGGUUGCCUCCAUUAGUAAAGGCCAUUCCGGUGAUUGGUGGGUUGAUCCGUUUCAUGAAAGGACCGAUCAUAAUGAUCAGAGAGGAGUACCAGAAGCUUGGUAGUGUUUUCACUGUGAACUUAUUGAACCGAAAGAUCACUUUCUUUAUUGGGCCAGAAGUCUCUUCACAUUUCUUUAAGGCUCCAGAGGCCGAUCUUAGCCAACAGGAAGUGUAUCAGUUCAAUGUGCCAACAUUUGGGCCUGGGGUCGUUUUUGAUGUGGAUUACUCUGUGAGGCAGGAGCAAUUCCGGUUCUUCACUGAGGCUCUGAGGGUAACAAAGUUGAAGAGUUAUGUUGAUCAGAUGGUUGUUGAGGCUGAGGAUUACUUCUCAAAGUGGGGAGAGAGUGGUACAGUGGACCUAAAAUAUGAACUUGAGCAUCUCAUCAUCCUAACAGCUAGCAGAUGCCUCCUAGGCAGGGAAGUUAGAGACAAACUCUUUGACGAUGUCUCCGCCCUCUUCCAUGAUCUCGACAACGGGAUGCGUCCCAUCAGUGUCAUUUUCCCCUACCUCCCAAUUCCUGCUCAUCGCCGCCGCGACCGUGCCCGUGCCCGUAUUGCAGAGAUCUUUGCCACCAUUAUCAAGUCCCGUAAAUGCUCAGGUCGCGCUGAAGAUGACAUGCUUCAAUGCUUCAUCGACUCAAAAUACAAAGACGGGCGUCCUACUACUGAGGGUGAGAUCACUGGUCUUCUCAUCGCCGCCCUCUUUGCUGGUCAGCAUACCAGCUCGAUCACCUCAACGUGGACCGGUGCUUACCUUCUCAAGUACCAGAAUUUUCUCUCUGCCGCGGUACAAGAGCAAAAAGACCUUUUGAAGAAGCACGGCGAUAAGAUUGAUCAUGAUAUCUUGGCAGAAAUGGAUGUUCUCUACCGAUGCAUUAAGGAAGCCCUAAGGCUCCACCCUCCUCUCAUUAUGCUUUUAAGGCACUCUCAUAGUGGCUUCAGCGUCAAGACAAAAGAGGGCAUAGAGUAUGACAUCCCGAAGGGCCACAUUGUCGCAACUUCACCAGCUUUUGCUAACCGGUUGCCUUAUAUCUACAAGAACCCUGAUAGUUAUGACCCUGAUCGGUUUUCACCGGGAAGAGAGGAGGAUAAGGCAGCGGGGGCAUUCUCUUAUAUAUCCUUUGGCGGUGGAAGGCACGGGUGCCUCGGAGAGCCUUUUGCUUAUUUGCAGAUAAAGGCGAUAUGGAGCCAUUUGUUGAGGAACUUCGAGUUUGAACUUGUUUCUCCAUUCCCUGAGAUUGAUUGGAAUGCUAUGGUGGUUGGUGUGAAGGGAGAAGUUAUGGUCAAAUACAAGAGGAGGAAGCUUUCGGUUGAAUAACUGUGUGUUGCUGGACAUGUCGAUGUUUAAUAACCAGAAAACGGCAUGGCUUGAUCUUGCUUCUACUGCGAGGACUUUCUUUUAUUUUCAUGUGAUGUUAGUCGUGAGAACCGAUCUUGUAAUGGUCUUUAUGUUAUGCUUUUAGCUGCUUGGGAUCUGUAUCCGUUGAAUCAGAACUAUGUUAGGCGAAGAAGGUAGUUGCCUAUUGCCUUAGCGUAUGUUAGGCGAUGAAGCUAGUUACCUAUUGCCUUAGCAUCUUUCUCAUUACAUAAUUUAUAUUAAUGGUUUAUUUUAGAGAUUGUUGCA